AUGCCAAUUGGCUUGGCCCGUGCAUCCCGUAGCUUUUGUCAGACUUCUGGCGAUCGACACUUUUUCGACCAACUGCUGCGAAAGCUCCCUUUUCCUAACGGCAGCUCUUGUCGCAACACUACAUCGAAGCUCUACGCCUGUGAUGAGCACAUAGCAAAAGGGCCUUUGCAUACGGACAAGGGCGUUCACAACUUCAAAAUGCUCGUCCCAAGAUUAGCCGGUAGGCAAUUGCAAAGUUGCCUCCGUGGCGCCACCUGCGCCGCGAGAGCUCCCCGACAAUGGCAGGCCAUCGCUUCAUUGUCGAUGAGCGGUAGCCGGCGCAGUUACUCCUCAGAACCCUCGACGAUUUCGAGAACCCUAUACCAGAAAAAGACCGUCGAGGUCAACGGCCAAACGAUACCGACAGACACCUGGUUCAACGUCCCGACAAACGUCCUCGACGCCGCCUCGCGCAAGCUUCACCUCCAAAAAGAUCACCCCGUCUACAUCACACGGCAAAUCAUCGAGUCGCAGUUCCCGGCGCCGACAUACAAGUACCACAACACCUUUGACCCCGUCGUCACGACGCACCAGAACUUUGAUUCGCUCGGGUUCCCCCUGGACCACCCCGGCCGCGCGAAAUCAGACACCUACUACUUCAACAAGGACACCCUCCUCCGCACGCACACGAGCGCCCACCAGGCGCAGACUUUCCAAAAGAACCUGAGCGAGGGCUACCUCAUCAGCGCAGACGUCUACCGCCGCGACGCCAUCGACAGGAGCCACUACCCCGUCUUCCACCAGAUGGAAGGCGCCCGCAUGUGGGACAGGACAAAGGUGCCUAACGGCGACAUCGCCGCCGCCGUCUGGGAGGACCUCGACAGGCUGCCGAAACACAACGUGAAAGUCGAGGACCCGCACCCGGCCUACGAUGCGGAGCGGAACCCCCUACAGGAAGGUCACCACUCCCCCGCCGAGGCCGAGGCCAUCGGCGCCCACCUGAAGCGCUCGCUCGAGAACAUGGUGGUCGAGAUCUUCACGAGAGCGAAAGCCGCCGCGGCGAAGGCGGACCCGGAUUACAAGGACGAACCCUUGCGUGUCCGCUGGGUCGAGGCGUACUUCCCCUUCACGAGCCCCUCGUGGGAGCUCGAGGUCUACUAUGCAGGCGACUGGCUAGAGGUGCUGGGCUGCGGCGUGGUAAAGCAGGACAUCGCCAUCAACGCCGGCGUGCCGCAGCAGGUCGGCUGGGCCUUUGGCAUCGGCCUCGAGCGCAUCGCCAUGCUCCUCUUCCAGAUCCCCGACAUCCGCCUCUUCUGGUCCAAGGACGAGCGGUUCCUGAGCCAGUUCCGGGGCGUCUCGGACCAGCUCGAUAGCAUGAAGCGCUUCGUGCCCUUUUCAAAGCACCCGGCCUGCCCCAAGGACGUCUCCUUUUGGCUCGGGAGCACCUCCUCGGCAGCGGGGGGCAACACGAAAGCCAACACGCAGGACUUCCAUGAAAACGAUUUCAUGGAGCUGGUGCGCGACAUCGCCGGCGAGCGGGCCGAGGACGUCCGGCUGGUGGACGAGUUCACGCACCCCAAGACGGGGCGACGUAGCAUGUGCUACCGCAUCAACUACCGAAGUCUCGAGCGGACCCUGACCAACGAGGAGACCAAUGAGCUGCACAGCGAGGUGACCCGGAAAUUGGUCGAAAAGCUAGGCGUCGAGAUCCGGUAG